CAUCUGUGGUGAGUGGUGACAGAUGACAGCAACUAAAAUAAAAGGGUUUCAUUUGGGUAAAAUAAAAUAAAAAUAUCCAGGACAAGAAGACACAACAACACGUAAUAACAAAGUUUAUUCUUUAGGAAUAAGCCAUUAAAAUUAAAGAGAAAUUGGUGAAUUUAUUUAUACUUUACAAAAUUUCAUCUGAAGCGGAAAAUUCGAAGUCGUGAUUCAUCAGUAAAAGAGUGUUUUUUUGCCCCCGUACAGUACGUAAAAAAGCUAUUUACUAAGAUCUUGUGGACUUGCAAGCAAUUAUGGCCGAGUGGAAACAGCUGAUAAAUGAAUGGAUAGCAGAAUAUACCUCCUUACAAGAGAAUGAAAUAAAGAGUUUUGCAGCAGAACAUGAGCAUAACCACGAAAUCGCAACAGCUCUUUUCAAUUUAUUCUACAGUGAAGAUGAAUGCGAUAUUAACUGCAGCAACAAAAAUCAAAAUGAAAGUCCAGAAGAGAUACUUGAAAAUGUGUGCACUCAACUAUUUAGUUUCUAUAGAUCCAAAGAAGUGGAACUUCAAAGAUUCACAUUGCAAUUUGUUCCAACACUCAUCUACAGCUACCUAAGCUCAGUGGCUCAAGGAAACUUAAAGUCAUGUCGCUGUAUUGAGACACUACUCAUCGGUUUAUACAACUUUGAAGUUGUUGAUGAAACUGGAAAACCUAAAGUAGUCUCAUUCCGUCUUCCAUCCUUAGCACAACCAUCAAUCUAUCAUGAGCCUCUGUCUUUAGGGCCACAGUUUCUGACUGAAAAUGCUUUACGAAGAUGGGAGGAAUGCAACACAAAAUUAGUGAGUUGGGGCCCAUUAUCACAGGUAGAAGUGAUAAACGCACAGAAUCGUCUAAAGGUGAUGUCAGCACUGUAUUUCAUUUAUAAUCGGCAACUGAGUUUGUUACCAAAGCUGGCAUUGAGACAUUUCUGCAUUGCAGCUUCAAGAAUCGUGACCCAAGGGUUCCACAAAAAAAUUGGUUGCAAUAAAUCCACCCCAAGAAUUCCAGUGUCACCGAACUUCCUAUUAGAAAUGAUAGAAGGCGCCUACUUUGCCAUGUUUAAUGAAUUUUAUACAUUGGCUCUGCAAGCAGUAAAAGAUAUAGAUAGGCGGGCGCAGUACGAGUUAUUUCCUGAUGUUAUGCUAGUCACUAGUGCUGUUAUAAACUCCUUGAAAAAUAAUUCCUCAGGUCAACCUUGUGAUGGUCCAAUGGGCAUAAGUGUUGCGCUAUCGCCAGCUACCACCACGGUUACGAUGUCCAAAUCCAUGAUUACCAACGCAUCGUUUCGUACCAAGAAACUACCAGACGACAUCCCUAUUCAAGCUGGCCAAGUGGUACCCACAGAAGCAACGGAUAUACUUACAUCUAUAACAGAAGAAGGAGAAUCAGAUUCUACGCCCAUACAACGCGGUGGAGUUGUACGCACGUCCAAACCCAAGCUCAGCUCAUUUCCAGUACUCGGAAAAAAACCCAAAGAUAGCAAAGACAAAACUGUAAACAUGGCUGACAAAAAAGUUACACUGAAAGAAUCUUCUAAAGGAAUUUGGAAUUCGUUGAGUGGCGGUGGCGGAGAUAUGAUUGAUGGUCAACCUAAAACUAGCUCUGGGGAUGGAGUAGCAGACACCAAUGGUAGCCUAAAAGAUGAUAAAAUAUCCAUGAGCUCGAUACAGAAUAGCACGGAAAACUCUGACACUAGGUCGCAAGUUACAACUGAUUCAUUGGACAUUGAAACAACACCUCGUUUUGCUGCCAUGCAAGUAAGUUCUGUCUAAAAGAUUGUAUUUUUGAUGACUUCCAGUAUUGUCUUGUAUUUCAAGAAACAAUUUAGUAAUUUUAUGUAGGCAUAGUAUUUGGGUGAAUCAGCUGAGUUCAGUUUAAAAAGUUAUUUACAUAUAAUGCGUAUUAAUGUUAAUUUUUUUGUAAGAAACAGACUAUUAUUUGAUAUCGCAAGUCUUUCAAUACCUCUCAAUUAGUCUCUUGGAUAUAGUGUGUAUAAAGUAGGUUUUUGACGUCUGGAAAUCCUUUGGGCUUACCCACAGCCCAUGGGGACGACCAGUGUGUACUUUAUCUGGGACUCUACCCGCUUAAGAGUAGGCGCACACCGUUGAUUUUUAGUUGGCCGAUAGUUGUGCGCGUUUUUAAAUUGUAUGAAGAAUCGGCCAAAUCGAAUCGGCGUAGUGUGCGCACUCCCAUACAUGCCCAUACUGAUCAACUGCCCGACUAAACUAUCGGCCGACGAAAAAUCAACGGUGUGCGCCUACUCUAAAGGCGGCGCCUACCCACCAAAACCCGGUUUUUAAUAGAGGUUUUCUCCUCAUGGUCCUGUUAAAAAAGGACCCCCGCUCGACCGUAGCGGAUUACGGUCUACUCUAUAGAAACUCACUUAAGUUGAUUCACCUUUUUAUUUUUGUUUCACCUUUUUAUUUUUGUAGAUUAGCCGGUUUUGGUGUAUAGUCCCAGUUUGUCUACUGGAUACUAUUAGGUUGAAGCCAAACGAGCGUAAAUUUUUGAGUUGUGAGUUGCGUAAUUUCGGUCAUGUAAUUUCUGCUGCAUACGGUUUCAUACAAAAGUCCUGUUUCAUUCACACGAAGACGCAAAAUGAGUUGUUUUUCUUUGUUGUAAUUUCAGUGGCCGAAAUUCAGCGACUCACGACUCACAAACGCCCGUUUGACCACACCCUUAGAUCAUAUUAUGGUAUAAAUAACGAGUUAAUUAAAAUUCUUAAAUGUUUAAUGAUGUUACCAAGUUCCUGAUCGGAGUGUGUUUUGGUGUUAUGCCAAAAUUUGCAUGUAAUCUGAAAAUAUCAAACUGUUGUGUGAAAUUCUCCCUCGAAUCCUAAUUUAGAUAAAGGUGUUUUGGAGUCUGCUUUUAUAAUGCUCCAGACAUUCAUAG